AUGGAUCUCAAAGUGAUCUGCGUGCUCUCCAUCGUCCUCAUCAUAGCCCUCAGCACCUUGGCAGAGGGAAGGACAUUACCAACAAGAUGCCAGUGUAAAUUGGACCCCAAGGAGCGGAAGAACUGCGGCUACCCGGGAAUCUCACCAAUGGAGUGCAGGAAAGCUGGGUGCUGCUUCAACACUUCAGUCCUCGGUGUUCCCUGGUGCUUUGCUCCUAGAGCAAAGAAAGUUGAGAAAGUAUGUCCCAACGAUCCUCACGCCAGGAUAAACUGCGGCUUCCCCGGCAUCACGGCUAAGCAGUGCGAAAGGAAGGGGUGCUGCUUCAGGGCACACCCCGCUGAUGUCCCCUGGUGCUUCUACCACCGCAUGGUGGAGGAGGAUUGUUAA